CCGCGCUGAUACCGUUAAACUAGAUUCAUACCCAUAGCAGCCGCUCACGAUGCUUAAAUAUCAAAUCUGUAAUUAGUCAAAAAGAAAAAGAAUCACGUUGUUUUCGGGCAAAAGUCAAGAUGGAGUCCUACCUCUUCCAGUUCGAUAGCCUGAUCUGUAUGCUCUUGGGCAUCUCCUUCACUGUGUGGUUCACUCUUCUGCUGGUCUUCAUCAUCGUACCUGCAAUCCUGGGUGUGUCGUUUGGGAUCCGCAGGCUAUACAUGAAAUCGCUGAUCAAGCUUUUUGAGUGGGCGACAUUAAGAAUGGAGAGGGGAGCCAAGGAGAAGAAUCAGUAUCUCUACAAACCCUACAGCAAUGGGAUCAUUGCUAAAGAGCUAGUGUCACUUGAACAGGAGAUCCAGGAAAUUAGGCGUGGCGGCACAGAGCCUGAGUUUGACAUGUCCGACAUCUUCUAUUUCUCCCGGCGAGGUGUGGAGAGCAUUGUGGACGAUGAGGUGACCAAACGAUUCACAGCAGAGGAGCUGGAGUCUUGGAACCUGCUGACCCGCAGCAAUUACAACUUUCACCACAUCAGCACCAGACUCACUGCACUGUGGGGGGUGGGAGUACUCAUCCGCUACGGGUUCCUGCUGCCACUCAGGGUCACGCUUGCUUUUACCGGUGUCUGUCUUCUUGUUGUUUUGACAUCAAUCGUUGGCCUGUUUCCAAAUGGAAGGAUAAAGAAUUAUCUGAGUGAUAAGGUUCAUCUGAUGUGUUACCGCAUCUGCGUGCGAGCCCUCACUGCCAUAAUCACCUACCAUGACAGUGAGAAUAAACCGAAAAAUGGAGGAAUCUGUGUGGCCAAUCAUACCUCUCCCAUUGAUGUCAUCAUUCUGGCCAGUGACGGAUGCUACGCUAUGGUGGGUCAGGUCCAUGGUGGUCUAAUGGGGGUCAUUCAGAGGGCGAUGGUCAAAGCCUGUCCGCACAUUUGGUUUGAUAGAUCUGAAGUCAAGGACAGACACCUAGUGGCUAAACGAUUAAGUGACCAUGUUGCAGAUGAAAGCAAACUGCCCAUCCUCAUAUUCCCAGAAGGAACCUGUAUUAACAACACUUCAGUCAUGAUGUUCAAGAAGGGAAGCUUUGAGAUCGGCUGUACGGUUUACCCUGUUGCCAUAAAGUAUGACCCCCGUUUCGGUGAUGCAUUCUGGAACAGCAGCAAGUUUGGGAUGGUGAACUAUCUGCUACAUAUGAUGAGCAGUUGGGCCAUCGUCUGCAGCGUCUGGUAUCUUCCUCCAAUGAGCAGAAUGGAAGGGGAGGACGCUGUGCAGUUUGCCAACAGGGUCAAGGCAGCCAUUGCUAGAAAGGGAGGCCUGGCAGACUUGUUGUGGGACGGCGGUCUGAAACGUGGGAAAGUUAAAGAAGUAUUCAGAGAGGAGCAGCAGAAGCUUUACAGCAAAGUUUUAGUGGGCAGCGUUGAAGACCACAGUCGCUCCUGAAGGGACCCAGCUGUCUUGCUUGACAUGAAACAUGCUGCGCAGCGCUCGCGGCGAGAGCCUGGACCCUCCGCAGAAUGCAGUGCGGCCCAAGACUGGCCCCCUUCUGAACCUGCUCACACAGAACUGUAGAACUGGACUGAAGAAAUCAGUAAAGAGUCAGUGGGAGAGAAUGUUGUUGCCAGAUCCUCUUCCCACUGCUGCGCCUCAGGAGCUUUUUGCAUUAUUGCACGAUUGUCUUAGUGGCAUUACAUUUCUGGACUGAUUUCAAUUUGGAGUGAGAGUUACAUGUGACAUAUUUGAUUUUUACUUCCUUCAGUCUGUUAACGUUUUGUAUAUUUGUGCUCGGUUACUGUAUUGCACAAUGUCCCAGGAGAAGAGUGAUAGUGCUUGAAGUGAUUUAUUUAAUCUUGUAAAAUAAAAAACAGAGGAUGGUGUGUGUGUGUAGAGCUUUAGUGUUGCAAGAACCAUGUCCAUUAAUUGUUUAGAUGCUCAGUGUUCAUCUCCUCAUGGCAGCCUAUUUAGUGUGCUGUGUUUUAUUUAUUUAUUUUAUAAAAUAAUUCUUUUUAAACAGGUCAUGUUACUUUCUCAUCAGUUGGGGGUCUGAAUAAUGUGUGAAAUUUUUUAACCUUCAGAAAAGACUGCUUAUACUGUUUAUUCACAGAAUACAUUAUUAUUAUUUUUUUUUAGUAGUGGUUGCUUAAGGCUAGGGUAAACUUAGUUUUUCUGUGUGCCGUAACAUGUCUGUUAUUAUUUUUACUCAUGCUUAAGAGUUUAAGGUUUUAA